GAUACUUCUGCUUGGAAUGAAUUCUACCACGACAUUUCAAUACCAAAUCCCAAGGACUAAUCUAACAUCGUUUUCACUGUAUCGAAACAAAUCGAAUAGGACCAAAAAAUGCACAAUUACCCCAUAUGCUUUAGCCGAAGAUCAGAUCGAGGGAGUCUGUAAUUUGAUGAUGAACACGCAUCUGUUUAACUCCUGUGAAGAUCCUGACAGCAUGACGAUGAACAGAACAGUUCUCCACGCAGAUUAAAAGCUCUAAAACGUCCAUUUUACUGGUUACUGAAGUGACAUACGUUACCAACAUUCGCCACUCACCAGUCACCUUAGGUGGUUGGCGCGGGACCCGAAUUGCGUAUUCGGGCCAGGGGUAGGCAACCGAAUUCGGGUCGGGCGGAUCGUCACAGUAGAGUAUAAACUCAAAUGGCGACAUGGGUUUCAAUAAAAUAAUGGUCAAAUUUUGGAAGCAAGUGCUUAUAACACUACUUCAGGGCGCCAUUGAUGCAGCAGCAUCCGGCUGGUUCUUCAGGAGUCUGUCGUCUUUCCACUUUCUACCAGAGGAUGAAAUAGCCCAGGCAAUAAUUAAUUCCACAUUUCUUGUUGCUGUCCAUUAAUAAAAGUCUUUUUCUUUUUUGGGUUUUCUCUUCCCGGGUAAAUGGGUUCUUCCGCCAACCUUCAAGGAAGGUGACGUCUUGGGACGACAGACAGCGGGGGGGGGGGGGGGGAGAAAAGGAGAGUAAAGAAGGGAUACCCACACAGAAAGAAAAGUAGUGGUGGUGGUGUGGUGGUGGUUACAAGUCAAAUUUAUACGCCGACGAGGAGGACCAGAAGAAGCUACAAAGUAUUGAAUUAUUUUGGAGGCUGACUUUCCAGGCCAUUUUUAGGGUCCCCUCUUUCUGGGUUUAUUUCUGUGCUGUUGGGAGUUAGCAGCAGCUGUUUCUUUUUCGUUACAGAUCUCUGCCUCCCUCUCUCUGUGUCUCCUGGGUAAGACUGUUUCUUUGUUCUGUGUUCUUGAUCUUUUCUGUUUGUUUUUCCCAGCUUGUGAUCGCCAGAAUUUUUCGAGGUAAAGCGAAUCCUGUUUCUGGGUUUUGUUCUGUUUGAUUGCCCUGGAAAAGGGUUGAGGAAAGAUGAGUUGUUAGAUUAGGAAAGGCUGUUCAUUUAUUUUCUUUUUCUGGUAAUAGUUGGUGAUGAGUGAUGUCGACUUUCUUUCUGCAUGUUCAGUUGGUAGAGAAUCAAAUCUCCAUUCCUGAUUUGGUGAUGCAGAGAAUUGUUUUAUAUGUGAAAAGUAUUUGUUUGGGCUGGGUGGUUUAGUAGUGGUAUUUCAUAUUUGACCUUCAUCAUUUUUUUAAUUGCCUAACUGAAUGGAUCGUCACUGUGGCAGCUGAAUCUCCUACCUCCAAUUUCAUGUUUUAGGUGGCUGUCCAAAAGGGUUAAGCUUUUACUCUUGAUUUGGAUGGUGUGGUUUGGAAGCUUAAGAGUCCUGAGAGAAGGUGAUAAAGAGAUGGCUGAUAAUGGAAGAGUCCAUCCUGAGUGUGUUAAUGCUGGCAAUCCUUAUCAUCAAUGUGGAGUAGCUUGCCUCGAGAAGAUUGCUCAGGGCAUAACUCGAAAGUCUAUGAGCAAGAAGAAGUCAGAUAGUCCAAGAAGUGCAAAACAAGUUCAGCUUAUCAGAAAGAUUGAUGGAGAAAGAAGAGUUGCAAAUCCAAAUUGUCCAAAAGCUGCCAAUCCUUACCAUGAAUGUGGCAAAUAUUGUACUAACAAACCUGCUGAUGCGAACUUUCACGAUACUGAUAAAGAUGAAGGGCCCUUCCUUCUUGGUGCCCCUGUGAGCAUGAUAAGGAAAACGAAGGAAGCUUUGUCUCAGCCAAAUUCACCUCAUGGUGUCAGCAAUAAUGUGUCUGCUGCAAAAGCAGCUAAUGUUGCUGCCAUCGCUUCACCAAUAUCGCCUGUCUCUAAAACAGACUCCAAUGCUAACUCUAACAAGAAGGUGGUGGAGUCAGAUAACAGCCAGUCAACCUCCUCAUCUGAAGAGGAAAUUGAUUCCCGAGAGCAGUCUUUCCAUGAGACCCAAGCUCCAACUUAUGAAUCAGUUCCUGCCUCUGGGAUCAUCACGCCUGAUGGUCCCUUGAGCCCUAACAAGGGAAGUUUUACAUCCUUUGUGGAUCCAAAACCCACCAAACAACAACAUGAAGAGAAGAAUCUCACCACUUCUUCACCCAAGGGAGCUUCAUCUCCUAAACCUGGUGAUGCCAACAAUGAUGAACCCAUUAUGAAGUCCAUGGAGUUCAGCUUCUCGGGCAUCUCGCACAUGUCUCAUGACAGUGAUGACGACGAGGUGCAGUCUGUUAUCUCUGAUUCAUGUGUAUCAGUUGGAAAAUACCAGGUCAGGGCAACCAUCGCUUCAAUCCUAUCCGCAAUCUUUGCCAAGUACGGAGACAUAGCCGGGAACUGUAAGCUGGAAUCGGUUUCAAUGCGUGCAUAUUAUCUGGAGUGCCUGUGCUCCGUGGUUCUGGAACUGCAGUCCCUUUCCAUUAGGCAGCUAACAAAAUCCAAAGUCAAAGAAAUGUUAGCAGUUCUCAAGGAUGUGGAAUCAGCAGGGAUUGAUGUGCAUUGGCUUCGUAAUAUCCUCAACGACCUCACCGAAGUAGUCGAUCUCAACAGUCAGCAUCAAGCUGCUGAAUUAGCCAAAGCCGAGUGUGAUCAUGCUGUGGAGUCGGUAAAGAGAGAACUCGAAUCCAUGAUGGAGGAUUUGGCUCUAAAAGAGCAGGCGGUUGCAGAGGCCAGAUCGAAAGUCGAGCAAACGAGGGCCCGGUUAUUGGAAUUAGAGGCUGAAUCUUCCAAGUUAAGCGAAGCUGUUUCUUCAUCUUGGUCCUUGGUGGAGAAGUUUCAUUCGAAAUCCCUGGCGGAUGACAUAUUGUGAGUGCAUGCUGGUCAGGUGCUAACUAUUCCUAAUUAUCACGGUAAUCAGAUCGUGCUCAAGUGUAAUAUCUUGAUUAGGAACACCAUGGAAAUGGUAAUACUUUGCCUAGGCCUGAAAUGCUUGGUAUGAGGUUUCUGUAUCAUGCAAUUGAACGAUUUGCAGUAGCAUAACUCUGUGUUGUAUCAAGUAAUCUUGAGUUUGAGUAUAUAGAUUGGCUGUUUGUUUUUUGGGUGAUUGUUAGUCUCCAUGCCUGAUCUCUCCACCCUGCCAGCCUGAAACCGUUUAUUUCUUAAAAUGUGGUUUUGAGGUAUGUAGAAAAUGGGAAAUCUCUUCUAGAUAACAAGAUCUGGUGUAGCCUUCUAUAUGUUAUUUUGAUAAACUCGAAGGAAACCCAAUCGUUUCAUAUUGUAAAAAUCGAUAGAAGUAAAGAACACGGGACAACGAUUUUACGUGGUUUUCCCGUUUUGUGAGAACGGGACUAGUCCACGAAAAGCGUGAGCUCUUAGGUUUUCUUACUGAUAGAGUGAUGAUGAUGGUGGGUUUCGGCUGCGGCCUAGAACCCUAGAUAUACACGAGCCAUUCUCCCACAACAAGCAACGAGAGAUAUGGCAAAAUACAAAACGAUCCCUACACUUGUUUACUUAAACGAAGAAUCGUAAUACAUAUUUCCGUGCCAAACAAGUAGUGACGAGACGAUUACAUCAAGUAUGUGGAUGAUUUUUUUUUAGGAAAAAAAGUAUAUUGAUGAACUCUAAUGAAGAGAGGAACUUUAUAUACAAAAGGUGGUUUGGUUUUUCCGAUUGUUAAAUUAUUGAUUUAAUCUAAUCAUCACAUAUUAAUUGGGUUAAUUGCCAUUUUUGGUUUGCCAUUCGAAAAUAUUUCCUUUCUUAAUGGUCACUUCAAUUAACAUUUUUUUUUUCACUAGCCGUUCACUUCGAUUAAAUCCGUCCUAUAUGA